UGGGAAGCUCUGUCACGCGCUGCACCGCAUGGACUAGCAUCCCGCACCAAACGUUUUGUUUCUCCCAAUUGGGUUCAAGGUUUCUGCACCGGCGUCUGGCAUGGCAUUGCAUCAGCCAUAAUGGGACUCGAUUGGAUAUUACAGACACCGCUCUCGGUAGAGACGUUGCAUGUUAUGAAAGAGUUUUUUUUCCCUCAUGUCUGGUCUCGGGACUGGCCCUGCCACAGGCGAUUAUGGUUCAUGCAGGAUCAAAGCAACAUCGAUGGUGCCCAUCGCUCUCACCCUCGUUCCUGGUGGGUAGGGGAAGCUGAGGGAGCUGAGGUGAUGGAGGCUGAACAUUGUGUUACACUUAAGAUGCCAGACCUUCAAGCUGGCAUUUAUUUUCCGAUAAGAAGGUUCUUUGAUGAUGGCGGCUGCGACAGGAGAGAUGAGACGAUAUGGCCUGCAACACGCUGUAUCACAGUUGCAAAGUUUCCUGCUUCUUUUCCAACACCCAUACUCAACGACAUGUACAGCAAGGGACAAAAAGAGGCACAGUCGCGAUGCAGUUGGAGACAGUGGGCAGUGGGUUUCUAUGUCUUGCAUAACCGAAGGUUACUAACUUUCGACCUCGGCACGUAG